AUGGUGAUUUCGGUUGGAAAAAAAGAGAAAAAUAAUAACAUAAUUCACGUACAAGCACUGGUACUGCGCACGUCGGGAUUAAAUUCCAAACAUCCAGCCAUUAUAAAACUGUGGAUAGAUGUAUCUCAAGAAUAUGGAAAUAGAUUAGUUGGUGAUAAUGAACAAGAAGUCACAAAGGUCUGCGAUUGCCUUGCUGGAGCUUCAGAGAAAUGUAAACACAUAUUAGCUGUCAUGCUUUAUCUCUCAAGAACUGAGGAGGCAGAUCUGGAGGACCUGAGUUGUACCGACAUUGAGAAAAAAUGGGUUACGCUUAAAACUACAGCAUUGAAGGAAUACGAAGCAAAAUCAUUGUCUGAAAUGUGCCAUGUAAAAGGACAGAGGGACAUCUAUGUGAAAACAAUGCCAGAAGUCACUGAAGAGAUGGAAAGUCGUUGGAGAAUGAAGUUAAUGCAGAGUAAAUACGAGGGUGGAUUGAAAAGCACACCAAACAGUGAAUAUUCUUUAUUUACAAGUCUCAUGCGAAGAGGUGAUGGAGUUAUUGAUUAUGGUGAAAGGGUAAUUAGUAGAAGUGUAGACAAGACAAAAUUUCCUGAAAAACUAUUGACUUUUAAUUUGUGGCGGGUAAUGAAUGUAUUAAGAAAACUAACUGAAGAAAAGUUGAAGACGUGA